AUGAUCAUUACUUCGAUAACCACUGCUGAAGUCCGGGUGGUUCUUCGUGUAUACUUCCUCGUUGUCCUUGCCCUGACAGGCUUCUUUGUGCGUAGGGUACUCCAUGGACGCAACAAGCUUCGUAUAUUGGGCGGAGAUAGCAUCCUGGCCACGCGGGCACUCAACUCCCUUGAUGGGCUGGACCUUCUACUUGCUCCCCUGAAACUCCGAGCUCUUCCUAGCGGCGCAUUCGGCUUCUCCUUCUUACUCUUCUUGUUUGUCUUGGGUAAAGCUGCCGAUCUUCUUACGUCCUACCUCGUUGUCAACCACUUGAUCCAAUCGCGCUGCUCGUUCGGUCAGGGCCUUGUCUUUGACGAUGGUACCAAACUUCCCAUGCCGCCAUUCAACGGACGGCCGUUCCAAGUUGUGCAAAAUGCACAGCUUCUGGCUGUCAAUAAUUCAUGUCCUUAUGGUAUCUACAAGAAGCUAAAUACCGACUCAAGCUUCUGUCCAGAGAAGAGAGACAUUCUCGGAUCAUGGAACUGCAACAUCGUCAACGACCAGACACCGCAGAGUUGGCCACCCGGAACAAACUCCUCGGAUAUUGCCGAAGACAUGAAUCAGAAAGGACUGAUAUAUAACAAUGGAUACGUUGAACAAACCCAGUGGUCCUCCGGAUUCGUUAAUCAUCUCGUUAUCUGGAGCACGUCUGCAUCUCUCGACAGCGACGGGUCAUUAUGGUCUGUUAAAGCAGCCGUCGAAACAACGUACAAGUCAGAGGAUGAUAUCCAACUCACUCCACUAACUUGCUCCGUCUCAGCAUCAGGUGCUGAACGAACCAUCAAAGACAUGGCAUCUGGAACGGCUCUGAAAGAAUGGGUCCCAACUUUCCAGGGUUUGAUGUACAAUGGUUUCAACACCUCCGCCAUUCAGGACGUACAAGAUGCACUGGCAAUACUAUUGAAUACCAUGACUAUGAUAUCCGGUGGAAACAACUACCUUCUCGCUGAGCCAGAAGCAGGCCAAGAUAAGACCCAGGGAUGUCUUGCAAGAGCGGCGUACGUCCCGACCGUUAUGGUGGUCAUCUUCCUCGUUGUGGCAGGUCUUGGUAUUACGGCAUUUGUUGCAUGGUGCAUAACCUCUCUCCGUCUAUUCCGAUCCCCAUCUGAGUUGGAGGCUCUCCCUCUGAGCGCUGAAGAGUGGGCAACCUUUGCAGCGAGAGAAUACCUCAGUACUGCGAACAACAAUCAAGGCGUUGUCGUGGCACCAGUGGAGACAUCUGAGUUGAAGAGCUUCAGAGUCGGAUUCUCUCAACCUAAUAUUGGAAGAAUAGGCAUGUUCCAGAGAAGGCAAGGGAAUCUGUUGAAUCAAUGAAGUUCUU